GGGUAGGGCGAGGCGGGCGGCGCCGUGGGGAUCCCGCGGCCAGUGAGGGCUCCUCCUGACUCGGCGCGGCAACAUGGACCGGAUGGCCAGCUCUAUGAAGCAGGUGCCUAACCCGCUACCCAAGGUACUGAGUAGGCGCGGGGUCGGCGCGGGACCGGAGGCUGCGGAGCGGGAGAGCUUCGAGCGGACUCAGACUGUCAGCAUCAAUAAGGCCAUUAAUACGCAGGAAGUGGCCGUAAAGGAAAAACACGCCAGAACGUGCAUCCUGGGUACCCACCAUGAGAAAGGGGCUCAAACCUUCUGGUCUGUUGUCAACCGGCUGCCCCUCUCCAGCAACGCCAUGCUCUGCUGGAAGUUCUGCCAUGUGUUCCACAAGCUCCUCCGAGACGGACACCCAAACGUUCUGAAGGACUCCCUGAGAUACAAAAAUGAACUGAGUGACAUGAGCAGGAUGUGGGGCCACCUGAGCGAGGGCUACGGGCAGCUCUGCAGUAUCUACCUCAAACUGCUGAGGACGAAGAUGGAGUACCACACCAAAAAUCCCAGGUUCCCAGGCAACCUUCAGAUGAGUGACCGACAGCUGGACGAGGCUGGAGAAAGUGACGUUAACAACUUUUUCCAGCUAACAGUGGAGAUGUUUGAUUACCUGGAGUGUGAACUGAACCUCUUCCAAACUGUGUUCAACUCCUUGGACAUGUCCCGCUCCGUGUCAGUGACCACAGCCGGGCAGUGCCGCCUCGCCCCACUGAUCCAGGUCAUCCUGGACUGCAGCCAUCUCUAUGACUACACUGUCAAGCUUCUCUUCAAACUCCACUCCUGUCUCCCAGCCGACACCCUGCAAGGCCACCGGGACCGCUUCAUGGAGCAGUUCACGAAGCUGAAGGAUCUGUUCCACCGCUCUAGCAACCUCCAGUACUUCAAGCGACUCAUUCAGAUCCCCCAGCUGCCUGAGAACCCACCCAACUUCCUACGAGCCUCAGCCCUGUCAGAACACAUCAGCCCUGUGGUGGUCAUCCCGGCUGAGGCCUCGUCCCCUGACAGCGAGCCAGUCUUGGAGAAGGAUGACCUCAUGGACAUGGACGCCUCCCAGCAGAAUUUAUUUGAUAACAAGUUUGAUGACAUCUUUGGCAGCUCAUUCAGCAGUGAUCCCUUCAAUUUCAACAGUCAAAAUGGUGUGAACAAGGAUGAAAAGGACCACCUGAUCGAGCGACUGAACAGAGAGAUCAGCAGGCUGAGAGCCCAGCUAGAGAGCAUGAAGACUGAGAUGACUGCGAGUUCCUCCGGGCAGAGCUGGACGAGCUCAAGAAGCAGCGGGAAGACACAGAGAAGGCACAGCGGAGCCUGACAGAGAUAGAGAGGAAGGCCCAGGCCAAUGAGCAGCGGUAUAGCAAGCUCAAGGAGAAGUACAGCGAGCUGGUUCAGAACCAUGCUGACCUGCUGCGGAAGAAUGCAGAGGUGACCAAACAGGUCUCCAUGGCCAGGCAAGCACAGGCAGAUUUGGAACGAGAGAAAAAAGAGCUUGAAGAUUCCUUUGAGCGUGUAAGUGACCAGGCCCAGCGGAAGACCCAGGAACAGCAGGAAGUUCUAGAGAGCUUGAAACAAGAGCUCGCCACCAGUAGGCAGGAGCUGCAGCUCCUCCACAGCAACCUGGAGACCUCUGCCAAGUCAGAAGCGAAAUGCACAGUGCAGAUCACCGAGCUAGAGAAGGAGCGGGACAGCUUGGCGAGUGCCGCGGCAGGUCAGGAGAAGGAAUUGGCAGCCCUUCGAGAGCAGCUGCAGUGCUCCCAGCUCAAACUGGCCAGCACACAGGAGUCUAUGUGCCAGCUUGCCAAAGACCAGCGGAAGGCGCUGCUGCUGCGGUCCAGGAAGGCUGUGGAGCACAUGGUGCAGGAGGCGCUGAGCCAGCUUGAGGAGCCUGUGCUCAUCAGCUGCGCGGGGUCCACAGAUCACCUUCUCUCCAAGGUCAAAUCUGUUUCCAGCUGCAUCGAGCACCUGGAGAAGAGUCGGAGCCAGUACCUGGCCUGCCCAGAAGAUAUAGGUGACCUCCUGCACUCUGUCACCCUGCUCGGCCACCUGACCAGCGACAUCAUUGUUCACGGGAACAGCACCAGCCUCAGGGCCCCACCGGAGCCCGCGGACUCACUGACAGAGGCUUGUAAGGAGUACGGCAAGGAAACCCUCGCCUACCUGGCCUCGCUGGAGGAAGAGGCCACCCUCGAGAAUGCCGACAGCAUGGCCAUGAGGAGCUGCCUGAGCAAGAUCAAGGCCAUUGGCGAGGAGCUGCUGCCUAGAGGCCUGGACAUCAAGCAGGAGGAGCUGGGAGACCUCGUGGACAAGGAGAUGGCCACCACUUCAGCUGCCAUUGAAGCUGCCACAGCCCGGAUCGAGGAAAUGCUCAGCAAAUCCAGAGCAGGAGACACAGGAGUCAAGUUGGAGGUGAACGAAAGGAUCCUCGGUUCCUGUACCAGCCUAAUGCAAGCCAUCCAGGUCCUGAUUGUGGCCUCAAAAGAUCUCCAAAGGGAGAUCGUGGAGAGCGGCAGGGGUACCGCAUCCCCUAAGGAAUUUUAUGCCAAGAACUCUCGGUGGACAGAAGGACUCAUCUCAGCCUCCAAAGCUGUGGGCUGGGGAGCCACCAUCAUGGUGGAUGCUGCUGACCUAGUGGUCCAAGGCAGAGGGAAAUUUGAGGAGCUGCUGGUGUGUUCCCAUGAAAUCGCUGCUAGCACAGCCCAGCUUGUGGCUGCAUCCAAGGUAAAAGCUGAUAAGGACAGCCCCAACCUUGCCCGGCUGCAGCAGGCCUCUCGGGGAGUGAACCAGGCUACAGCAGGGGUGGUGGCCUCAACUAUUUCUGGCAAAUCACAGAUUGAGGAGACAGACAAUAUGGACUUCUCAAGCAUGACACUGACCCAGAUCAAGCGCCAGGAGAUGGAUUCCCAGGUCAGGGUGCUGGAGUUGGAAAAUGAGCUGCAGAAGGAGCGUCAGAAACUAGGAGAGCUUCGGAAAAAGCACUAUGAGCUCGCUGGCGUGGCCGAGGGCUGGGAAGAAGGAACAGAAGCAUCUCCACCUACGCUGCAAGAAGCAGUACUUGAAAAAGAAUAGAGGCGAGCUAACGUGCUGUGAGUCAGUUCCUUUCCAUUUCAUCAUUUGCACAAACUUUCGAGCAUUGAGGACUGGUGACCUCCAAGCCAGGACGCCCCCGGAGUGCAGCCAGGACUGCGGAGGCAUCCCAGCUGAGAACAGCAAGGCAAUUCUUCCCCUUUCAGCAGUUCCAUGGAUUCCCACUGCUUCUUAUGAUGGUCGUUUGAGCCUUUUGGUUUUAGAUUUUGGAAGUGUCACUCAUAUAAUCAACUCUCCCUGGAGCUCCAAGCCCCUGGGAUCCACACCGCACAGCCACGGUACUGCUCAGGCUUCGCCUGGUGCUCCUACUCAGCCUCCUCGCCGAGUGCCCCGCUGAGUCAGUGCCAGUCAGCAGAGGUCACUCACCAGAGGUGGGCGACAGCUCUCCUCAGAAGGCCGAAGCAGAGCGAGUGCCUUUCCUUCUUUACACUGGGUGCCAGCGGAACCCCUCUAUCCACCGUCACAAGCUGGAGGGCACCUGAGUCAGAGGGUGCACACGGCCCCAGGGCUCCCAGGGACACCUCUCUUGGAGCUCCUGUGACCAGGCUCACACACCCUAGUACUUAGUUGAAUGGAGCUGGCGAGAGUAGCAACGCUGCUUCCCUGGGGUGAGUUGCCCUUGCCAUAUCAAGCCAGCCACCUCCUUCAACCCAGGCAGGGCCCUAGGAGGGUGUAAGGGGGGCCCCUCCAGUUCCUCCCUCCGCCUGCCCUGGCAUCCUCUGGAACCUGAGGAAGAUCGUUCCACGUGCUACCUAACAGACCUGGCAGAGCAGGCCCUCUUGUUCCCAUUGGGAAAGAGCCCUGUGCUUGGUGUGGGCCCCUUCGUAUUUAUUACUAACCUUCAAGCAGCGACAGCCGACAUAGACACUUGGAGCAAUCAGGACUAAAGAUGACUAUGGCAAGCCUGGCACUGCUGCCCUCCAACGUCAGUCAUCAGGGAUCCCAAACAAGGCCAGGGUGCCAUCUCUGGGCAGUUCCAGGCUUCGAUCCCAAAAGCAAGCAGGUUCCUCUGAGCAUUUGGGGCAGGGCAAACAAGCAAUGGGGGCCACUGACUCUGACUCCUUCCAGCCACGUGUUCUUGGCUUUUGCUGCCCUGCAGACAGGACAAGGACAGAGGGCACAGCCACCUAGAGACAGGGAGCCUGACAGCACUUUCCCACUCCCAAAUGGACCCCAACAUCAAGUGACCUUCUGUUCUUGGAAAAGCAGCGUCUUCCUUCUUUAUCUGUAGCAGCUCACAGGUCGUAGCAAGCAAGCACACCUUUGGACCUGGGCCCAUGGCAGCAUGGCUGAGUUUUGCUACAUGACGGGUUGUGAGACUUGUUUAAUCACUGUGAAUCAAUCUCCUUCUCCCCUCCCCGGUCCAUGUGUUUUCUAAGUGGGACACUUCAAACACUGUCUCCCCGAAACUCAGAUUACCAUUUCUGGACAUGGGACCUCCAUGCUGGGCUCGGGAGGGAUCCACUGUAGGAACUGGCCCCAUCUUAUGUUCACUGUUUCUCUGUGCUCAAUGUUUCUCCAUUCUGAGAGUCACACAGAGCGGCAUGUGGCAUCCCUAGCCCAUCUGUGCCACUUAAGCCAGUGAGUGUAUUGUCAGUGUGGGUCACCUUUUCCAAAAGUGGUACCGAAGCCUCACUUCUAGUCUAAACCACUCAGACUCGUGGUGGUGGAAAUUGGGGAUACUGGAGCACAUUAGGGUUCUCUGAAUGACACUCCCUCUGAGAAGGCACCGUCUUUCUUAAAACUUUCUUGGGCUCAGCUUGAGUUAUAAACAGUCAAGAAGACACAGAGCACAGGCUGUGUGUCACACAAGUGUCACUGUCAGAUGUAGUAUAAUUAUUCCAUAACAGCGCAGAUUAUUUUUGGCUCAUCUAAAAAUGAGUGUGUUAGAGUCGGGGUGGAAUUCCUUAAGUGAAAAUAGAAAUCACAUCUUAAAGCUUUUAAAUGAGUCACUGGGCCUCCUUAGUGACUGAAGUCUGAUGAGUGGGUGUAGACGGGGCCUAAUCAGGCAGGAUGGCAACAAAAUCCUGGCUUAGGGCUGAAAAGAGGUUCUAGUUCAGCUGUGCCUGGUAUCUAAUUUUGUAAUACAGCACUCUAAUGCCUCUAGAGUAAGGAUACUUGUGUAUGCAAUAAGGAAAAAAUAGAGGAAGAGACCUACGUUGGUGGGAUUAUUUUAUAUCCGAGCACAGAGUUUUAAUUAGACUCUAAUUUAUACUAUUUGCUGGUUCUGUUGCCUACGGUGGUGUCCCUAAGAACAUGAGUCCUUACCCAGUCACUGGAAGAACCUCUUUCAACUACCAAAUCAGACACCAAGGUUUAGGCCAGGUGACAUAGGAAUCGCAGGGACGUGUCAUUUCGGUCAGUUUAGUUUCCUUUGGCCUCUUGCAUCUUAGGAAGAGCUGGUUCUUGGCUGGGACCUGGGAAGAUCUCACUUCUGGUCACCUAUAUAGUCUGAAGGGGACUCCCGGAUCCGUUUCACCCUGGUCUUUAAUAGCUGCCAAGUGUCUUGCUACUUUCUAAGCCUUUCCAGAUCUCCUGAAAUUCUUCCUGCCAAGGAAAGCCUUCUGCCCCAAACCUUCUGGCCAGAGCAGCUUUGCCCUCUCUCCGCCAUCUUGGGUCCUCCAGUGUCAACACUGCCUGUAAACUAGGAAACCACCACCACAGAGCCUGCCAGCCAUCAAUACAGCAAAGCUGUUUACUGCUCAGUCCUUGUCUCCCAGGUCCAGACCAAAUAUAGGACCAGCAACACCCAAUGGUGUCACUGCCUGCCAUGCCCUGGGCACCAAAGCAAUGAGAUAGAAUUGGUUAGAUGCUGUUGAACUCGAUUCCAAGAGUAGAUCCCAGACAUGUCUUUCAGGUGACCCUCAACUACCUCAGAUUUGAAGGCCCUAAAUUAAGCUGAUUACCACUCACAGCAACAAGCCGAGGGGGUUUGGUUAAAUCUAGGUGAUAACACAAAUGUCUCAAACUUACAACAAACUCACAUUUAGGUUUGCAAGGAUGGGGUUGGGUUGGUUUUUCUUCUGUUUUUAACCUCUUCCCCCAAUUCUCCAUUAGAAUAGUUCCUAUGAAUAAAUUUCAUUUUUCACUGAGUGCCUACCUUCCCAGGGCAGGUAGCCACUGGCUUUUGUUUCCUUCCAACAAUACUUUUAUUAUGGUAUUAAGACCCUUCUUUGUAUAAGACAUUUCAUCUGUGUUUUCAGUUUUUCAAAUAAAUAUUUCAGCUUAGCA